GCUGGUCACUCACACAGUCAUUUCACUGCCUCCAGCACUUCUAGGGAGUGUGUGGCACUGUAGUCAAGAGGCAGAGCACCUUUCAGUGAUAGGGAAUGGAAGUGACCAGGUACCAAUUCUCCAGGACAACCAACAACUCUGAGGAAAGGGUUCUAGCUCAUUUCAGUAACAUACUGCUAGUGCUGGACGAGAUGCCAAACUUCCCUGAGGAGCUCCAAGGGGCAAAGAAAGGGAUUCUGUAUCUCACACAGUACAAAAUGAUAUUCCAGCACAAGGACAAGGGCUCCACGACCAUCCGCUUUCCACUUCAGCUCCUGGGGGACUCUUCCAGUCAAGGUGUUCUCACCUUCAAAUUCAUCUUCCUGUAUGAAGCCACUGAUUGCCUGAGUAUGAUCAAAACCCUGUCUUCAGCAGAUACAUUAAGAGAGGCUGCUAAUCUUCAGGACUAUCCAACAGCCUCCAUCUACACCUAUGCCCACCCAUCAGCACCUCGGGUUCCCCGUUCGCUCAGCACACUUCCAUAUUGGCCACCCCCCUAUCCUGGCCCACCAGAGUUACCCCCACCCUACUCUGAAGUGGAGUCCACAAGCCCAAGAGAGAGCCAAGAGGGCUGCUGCCACUGCAGGGCCUUGAGAACCCAAGAACAGACAGACAGGCAGAACUGAGGAGCAGCCUAGAAAUGUAUGGACAUAAAACCUUUGUGUCCCUUGCUUUCUCCUUUCCCUAGACUCCCCCCAACAUGACAGUUCUGUGAGGGCAAUGAAACAAAAUUCCACUGAUAAAGCCUGAUUCAGUCCCCGACAAGCUGCUCUGCUACCCUGCAUCUCAUCGUGCUUCCUGCAGCAGUAAAAGCUCAGAUUUCCCCCACACACUUGUCUUUGUGCAUUGUUUUCCAACCCCAAAACAUAUCCCAAAAACUCAGCCAGCCAGCCACCAUGAUCUCGAUGGGAGCAUAGCCCCAUGUCCUUCACAUGCAAAUUUCAAACUGGCCUGUGGUUAUCUAAUCUGAUUGGGAAAUAUCUCCUGUAGGUAGUCCAUAUCACUGAAAGUCAUGGUAACAGAACCAGCUUCUAGCAUGAAAGUGUAAAGAGGAAAGCACUGUUAUUUAAAAAAUAUAGCAGUGACUGGAAAUUAGAAGACAUGGGUUGUAUUCCCUGCUUUGAUAUUAACUCAUGAUGUGACUGGGCAUGUCACUUCUCCUCUCUACUUAGCUACCUAUCAUAGUGUUUUAUCCUGCUACC